UCACAAGCGCCUGAACGCUCAAUGUGACAGAGUGGAGGCUUCCACCUGAACUGAACCAACACCACCAAAGCAGCCAGGUCUCUAAACAGCAACCAGCGACCAGCAACCAGACCAAUACGACAAGGCCCCAAGCUCCACAAGCCAUCAUGAGCGUGAGCAGAUGUCUGCUGAUUCAGGCGGAAGUUCAGGCAUUUAUCGAGCGCUGCAUGGUGGCAGUGGGCACCAGAGCUAGUCAUGCCCGCAGCCUGGCCGAUGUGCUGAUAGAGGGAGACCUGCGUGGCCACUACAGUCAUGGACUCAACCGCUUGGAUGUGUACCUAAGAGAGAUUCGUGCAGGAAUCUGUGUACGGGAGGGGGAACCACUUUUGGAGAAGGAAUCAGUGGCCACUGCCCUUGUGGAUGGAAGGAACCUCCUGGGUCCAGUGGUGGGAAAUUACUGCAUGAAUUUGGCUCUAAAGAAAGCGCGAGACACGGGCAUCGGUUGGGUGGUGGCCCACGGCUCCAAUCACUAUGGGAUUGCUGCUUAUUAUUCCAUGCAAGCAUUGAAAGAAAACAUGAUUGGAAUGUCCUACACAAACACCUCUCCUCUAGUAGUUCCUACACGAGCCAGAGAGUGCACAGUGGGGACAAAUCCCAUUAGUGUGGCAGCUCCUGCUAAGAAUGGAGACAGCUUUGUUCUGGACAUGGCAACCUCUGCCGUCGCCCUCGGAAAGGUGGAGAUUCACGAUCGUAAUGGCCUCUCCAUCCCGGAGGGCUGGGGGUGUGAUGCAGAGGGCCGUGCUACCACUGACCCCAAGGCUGUGCUGUGUGGAGGAGGGCUGGUGCCUCUGGGAGACAAGGAGACUACAGGGGGUCAUAAGGGCUAUGGCCUGGGCCUGAUGGUGGAGGUCUUCUGUGGGAUCCUCGCUGGCUCUAAGUACAGUAACAAGAUUCGCAACUGGAAAAAGACUGAUCGCAGGGCUGACUUGGGUCAGUGCUUUGUGGCAAUAAACCCUGAGAACUUUGCUCCUGGAUUCAAUGACAGAAUGUCAGAUCUGCUGGCCAGACACAGAAACCUGACCCCUAUGGAGCCUGGGAUGCCUGUAUUGGCAGCAGGAGACCCAGAAAGAGAACAUAUCCAGACCUGCAAAGAGCUGGGGGGCAUUCCAUAUGACCUAAAACUAGUCACCCACGUGAAUGAAUAUGCCAGGACAUUAGAUGUGAGCCCCCUUCUGCCCACCAACAGACUCCUUAAGUAAGGCCUGUGUGCUGAAGCCUGCCUUCAUCCAGUACAGCUCAUGCCUCAGUAGCUCUCUGUAGAGCUUUUCAUAUCAUACAGCUGUAAUUAAAUCAAAUGUAUUAAAUUACUCAGUGCCGAGGUGUACAGCUCACCCUUGGGCUGCUUGUGUCAGAUGUAUCCUCACACACACAGAUAAAGGGCUUCAUGCUCUGUAAGCUAUCCCUCCACAAAACCCACCAUGAUCGAAUGUAAUUUUUUAUUUUGUCUCAAUAAAGUGAAGUUAAAGCAA